AUGGCGCAGUCUCGCGGUGCGCCAGUCGGCGCGGAACCCCUCCCUGCGUCGUCACACGCGCUGGUCGCAGACGGAAGACGGCUGUUUCCUUCGCGACCGGGACAGUCUACUCCGCUGCGGAGCUCACGCAGCGUAGCAGAUGCUCAGUCGUUUCAGAGCCGUGUGCGGACGGUGCACACGUCGCGGCCCAGGCGGCCCAGGCUCCUCAUUUCGGUCUUCGUUGCAUGCCAGUUAGUCUUUUUUUUUACUGCCGUGUCGGGCGUGCAGUUCGAGGAUGAAGCGGGUAUCAACGACUGGCGUGCCGAGCAGGUUGGCGCCGUAACGCACCUGAUUGGGAGCGGAGGAGCUAACGCUGAGGAAGACGCGUCCUUCUUUGUCGGGACGAGCCACGGCAUCUUAGCUGCCUUCAAAGAAUCCGAGGGCACCCUGCGAUGGAGGCGAGUCAACCGUGAGAGCGACAGCGUCGAGCGACUCGAACGGCGCGCGCCCUACCUCGUGGCUCACAUCCGCCAGCAGGACGCGAGCCCUGCCGGCAGUCCCACAGCGGCGUUCUCUGCAGCACCGAAUCGGUCUGGCCUCUACGUCCACCGUCAAAGCGACGGCAGCUUGCUGUGGAGUGUCGAGGAACGUGUGAAGGCCUUUGCUCUGGGGACAGGUCACGAUGACGCCCCUGUCGUCGCUAUCGCGAAAUACGGAAGCAGCGACAUCGAAGUGCGCAGCCUUGAGGACGGACGUGUUGCGUGGGAGACAGGCGACCGCGUGGAGCGAGGGAAAGAGGGUCUCGCAGUGCCUUCAGCCACUGAAGGCGUUGACACGAUCCUUUCCUUGGCGCACCUGUCCAGCCGGGAUCAUGGGAGUCUGCUCGUGCUGCUUUACAAAAACGGCCCAAAGUCUGCUGAGACGCGCGCGCGCGUUCUCUCCUUCAAGGACGGCAAGCAGCUGCAAGACAUGCUCUUCCAAAAGGCCGGGUCUCGGGCGCUUGCUCUGGUCCAAGGCAACUCCGAGUGUGCGGCGUUCCUCGCCCUCACCCCUGCCCGUGACGGCCCCUCUACUCUGCAAGUCCUGGCGACAAGCGGGCCAGAAGCCGUGUCGGCCAGCGAGCCUUUUCCGCUUGCCGCGCACGUCAAGCCACCGGGCUCCGGGGACUCGAGUCACGGCGUCGCAGCGCUGCCAGUCGCCGGAUGCGUGUUCGCUGUCGCCGGCGGGGCGAAUGGACCAACGGGCAUCCUGCGAGGCGCAAAGUCGCGCGACCGGUUUCAGCUGAGAGAGCAGCAUACUCUUCCCGCCGGCCCCUGGGCGUUCGGCAGGCUCUUGAUUGACAACGAACAAGCUGGCAUCAGCGUUUUGACGGCUCUGGGAGGCCAAGGAAAACCGGCGUCUGCGAAAAACGUGCUGCUCGCGACAACCAUCGAAAGCGAAGCUAUUCAGGCGUUCGCCAUGGACAUGGACACUGGGACGCGCGUUCCGUAUCUCUCGCUCCCCUUCGAGGCGCAGAAACGCGAAGGAGAGCAGCUGGCGCUCGCCGUUGCCAAGCAGCGGUCGGGCGCAGGCCUUGCGGCGUCCGGUCUCGCUCCCGAGCUCGUCUUCGGCCGGCUCACCUCUGCUAAAGACCCAUCAGGGCGGCGGGUGGUGCUUGCAGCCUCCGAUGCGUCGCUCUCUCUUUUGACGGCGGACAAGUGGAUCUGGUCGCGUGAAGAGAGCCUCGCAGACAUUCGCGGGACAGUGAUGUUCACCAUGCCGUACACCGCAUCACGCCCGGCAGCACGUCGUGAAUGGGCUUCCCUGCCCAUCACCUCCUCGCUCCUUCCCUCAGGGCUCGAGAGGCACACGCUGGAGGCUGCGCUCGCUUCCUCGCCCUCGGAUCCUUCCGCGCAGCGCAGCUGGCCUGAGUACUUGAAACUUCUUUCGACUCGCCUCGCGGCGUCCGCCAUCCUGGGUGUCAUCCAGGUGUUGGAGACGACUGCGGCCAUCGUCCACGAGACGGCCCGCGGAAUUCGGCACGUCAUGCAGAGGAGGCCGCAGGGCUACGCUGGAACCGACGAACGAGCCGGUACGAAGAGAGAGGCACAUGCGCCCUUUGGCUUCGCCGCCCUCUCGGCUAAAGCGAAGCUGCGUCUGCUCGGCUUCGUCGCCUUCCAGGGGGAGACCGAGGAGACCGCCGAUCUGGCUUUGAAUCCCGCCGAGGCUGAGCAAGCCGACGGAGCCCGAGCGGGAGCUGAAGGCAAAGCGCCGGUGGUGAACGUCGAUCCCAGACUGUUUGGCUGGACAGAGUUAAUCAUCGCCGCAACGUGCUCCGACCAGAUUUACGCGUUCCACGCUGCAACAGGGCUGAUCAUCUGGCGGCAAAGCCUCAGGUUCUGGCAGAACGAGGAAGCCCAGAAGAUGGCCCGUCGCGCCUGCAGAUCCAGCAGCGCCUUGGAUGCUUCAUACUUUGUCGGGGUCUCCUCGACAAACGGCCGGAAGACUUCGGUCCUGCGCGUGAGCCCCGAGCGCCCGAACCCCGGAGGUGUCCCUCCGUCGGGCGGUGCGGUAGACGCCGCUGAGAAGACCGGGAUCGUCGCGAUGCACCUCGUCGGCGAACAGAAGAAGGAACUCCUCGCGGUUUUUGCUGAUCCAGUGGCGAAGAGUACGCGCCUCGUGUGGCUGGAUGCGGCGCUGGGAACUGUCCUGCAUGUGGCAGAGGUGCUGUUCAUUCCGGCGCACCUUGUCCCUCUGCAAGCUGUCAGCCCCUACCACCAGCCGGUGACGGGGUCCCCUACGGAGCGCGCCACUCAAGUCUUCUUUGAGGAGACGAACGGCGUCCUGCUGGUGGACGCAGGCGGCAAGGGAUCUCUCCUCGUCCCCGAGAAGAAAACAACGGAAACUCGGCUUGCCUGGCAGAUGGACUGCCACCUCGCGCGGCACCUCUCCCAGCACCUGAGUCUCUACGACUUGGACGUGGCGGGUCAGCAGCUCCUCGGCUUCCUCGUGCGCACGGAGGAGACGCCGGGCGAGCAACCAGGUACCGCCCGCUGUGUGCUGAUGACACACCGGACGUGGAACAUCCCUUUCGGCCGGUCAGGCCAGGCUAUUAUAGCCUCGGUUCGGCCCCUGCACUCGGACUAUCCGCACGUUCCCGUCUUGGUAACAGGGGCGCUUACCAUUGUCUACAAGUACAUCAACCCGAACCUCAUGGCGGUUGUCACGAAGCCCGAGAAGCCCGACACUGGAGCUGCGGCUGCAGGGGCCUCGCUCAUGCUCAACGUGUUGAAUCUGACAGAUGGCUCCGUGGUCUACUCCGAAUAUCUCCCUGCUGGCGCCUCCCUGCCUCUUCACCUCAUGAUGUACGAUAACGUCGUCAUGGCGCACUACUGGAAUUUGCAGUAUUCGCGUUACGAGAUGCACAUUGUCGAGCUCCAGGACGCGCAAAAGGACGAGGGGCCCCUGAGCAUCAUCUUCUCCGCAGCCAGACACCUCGUCCCUACGCUGACCGGCUUCGAGCUGCCGCCGCCCACUGCGAUCAGCCAGACGUACAUCCUGCCCACAGGCGUCCGCGCUUUCGGUGUCACCGCCACGCUCCAGGGCAUCACGACGCGCGCCAUCUUGCUGGCCACCUCAGCGUCUCAGCAGAUCUACGCACUGUCGACACGCCUCGCGAACGCGCGACGCCCCCGCCUCGUGGAUGACAACGGGCGGCCUCUGAAAGACGCAGCGCCAGCGCAGCAACAGCAGCAGGAGGAGGGCGUGCUGCCGUAUCACCCGUUGCUGCCGCUCCUCCCCCAGGACUGCAUCUCGUACUACAACCAGGUGUUCCAUGUUCGGGGCAUCGCGGCACACCACACCUCGCGAGAGUCAACGUCUUCUACGUUCGCCUUCGGGCUCGACCUCUUCUUCUCCCCCGUCCAACCCGCCAAGGGAUACGACGAACUCAGCUCUCAGUUCAACUACGGCCUUCUAGCCGCUGCAAUCGUGACUCUCAUCGGCUUGGUCCUGGUGACGCACUGGCGGUCGAAAGAGGCAGACCUGGCUGCAAAGUGGAAGUAA